UGCAACAAACAUCAAGAAUAUUUGAUGAGAAGGAAGGAGCAUCUGUUUAUUGUUUGUCAUUGACUAUUUUUCAUUAAAGUCAAUUAAAAUGGCGCAAGCUGAUUUUGGAACUGGAAAAAGCUUAGUAAUUUUAGCGAUUGUUGUUGGUUGUUUUGCAAUUCUAUGGCCAAAAAUAUUUUAUCCUAUGAUGCAAACAGCGUUUGCCAUGACAUCUCCUAAAAUGGACAGUGACAGCCCAUUUGGUGAAACAGACAGACCACCUCAUUUACAUCCUGGCUCCAUCAACCCACGGUUAAGAAAUUCUCUGUCUGACAGUGUCCAAGAUAAAUUUAAUAUGAGAGAAGGAAGGCCAUUUCCUCAUCCUCAAGCAAGGCAACCUGUUAAAGCUCAACCAAAAUCUGGAGGAGCAAUGAGCAUUAUAAUGCCAAUUUACACCGUGGGGAUAAUUGUGUUUUUCUUAUACACAGUUUUGAAGCUUGUCUUCAAAAAGCCAAAUGAAGCUGAGAAAAAACCUUUGAUAAAGGAUUUUCACAUGGAUCCACAAUAUAGAAAGUUUGUUUGUGAGAAUGAAGUAAAGAAGGUUUCUAAAGAAAAAGAAGGUAAAAAAUCUCAGAAGAAACAGCCCAAAUUGUGUGAAAGUACAAUUACAGAGCACUAUGAUGCAGAAGUGGAUGAAAAAGAUAGUGAAAUAUUAAAGCUUAAGCAAAAGCUGGCAGAGACAGAGCAAGCCAUGGAAAGAAUAAUGAAGCAUAUGAAUGCAAUGAGCGAGUGUGUUUCUGAAAAAAUACCAGCAGAAAACAAUUGCUGCAAAAAUGAAAAAUCUGACGUCAGACAAAGGCAUAAAAAAAACGCUACUAAAAAAGCCGAUGAGAAAAGGAAAGUAUCGAAGAACUACAAGGAUGAAGCCAACAAUAGCCCAGUGGACCAUGACGGAUGUCGAAAGUUGCAAGAAGACUUGGCCAAGUUGAUCAAAAUGUCGGCUGCAAAAGAUGCUUCUUACAAGAAAAGUGAUAUUGAAUAUUCCAUGCCUAAGAAGAUAUAUGAGCUUUCAGAAAUCAACACAAUCAAGGAAAUGCAUAGUGAAAGUGAGGAAGAAGAACAGUCUGAGGCGGAAGAACAAUCCAGCAACGAGGAAGAAAAAGAAGUGGUUUGUGAAAAAGAAGUUGAUGGAUAUGGAUGCUGCAAUAAAACUUCUUGUGAAUGUUAUGGUGAAAGUGCAUAAUAAGUUCAACUCAAAAAUCUCAGUUGUGUCAAGUAGUUUAGUUUAAUAUUGUUAGAUCAUUUGCCCAAUUUUAUUGAAAGGCUGAAAGCCUUGGAAGUAAGAACCUUGAAAAUUGUAAAAGGAAGAAUCUUGUGAUGACUGAAAGUAUUAAGAAAAUAUUUUUACCUUCAAUUCCAAAAAUGUUUUGAUGCAAUCUUUCCACUUUGCAUGAUGAACUUUAUUACAUUUCAAUCCUUUAUAAAGUAAUUAGAUUCUAUCAUUGCAAUAAAAUUUACAUUUUUCAUCA